GCAUUGCAGUCUAUGCUGCGGCUAAACAGGCUAAACGUUGAGGUGGCAUGCCCAUCUAUCUGUCUCUGUCCUCAAUUAACCCCUCUCAUUAGGAACAAAGGACACAGGGAGGGCAGGAGGCACUUAUCUACCUCUGCUGGGUUGUCCUCUAUCAAGACUGGGAUGCUCAAUAAUCUGCAUUGUAUAAGGUCCCCCCUUCUCCUUGUCACUGCUCGCUGACUACAAUACAGCCUGAACUGGGAUUCACUAAUAGGCUCCUAGCCGGAUUGCAUUGACCCUUCAUCGCCGGUCUCCGCGCUGCAUGGGGAGUUAUCGAAGCUUCAUCCUCUGCGCUUUGUGGGAUUUUUAGAAACUGGAGUUUGUACGGUUCUGCCUUGUUUUUAUCCUGUAGGAUUCCUGGGAAUCUCGGAAUCCUGGAUCACACGCUGGCCGAAACAUGGAUGACUAUUACCCAGAGGGCAGUCAUGUAUGGCUUGUAGUAAAUGGAAGCUUGGUGCCCGCCACUGUCACCUCCAGCAGCGAUGGUGAGGUCCUGUUCACCAGCGACUUUGGGCAGGAGUUUGUGUACCCCCGCAAUUCACUCUCCCGCAACCAUGUCCUCCCGAUGCAGCAAAGUAACCAGGAAGGGGUGGAAGACAUGUCCUUGUUGUCUGACCUGCAUGAAGCCGCCAUCAUGUUAAAUCUGCAUCUCCGUUAUCAGCAAGACAAAAUCUACACCAAUAUCGGCUCCAUUCUGGCCUCGGUGAACCCCUACAAGCAGAUUCCGGGGUUGUACGACGAAAGCACUGUCGAGUUGUACCGUCGGCACCACUUUGGGGAGCUGCCGCCCCAUAUCUUUGCAAUCGCCAACGAAUGUUAUCGCUGCCUGUGGAAGAGACAUGACAGUCAGUGCGUGCUCAUCAGUGGAGAGAGUGGGGCCGGCAAAACGGAGAGCACGAAACUGCUGAUGAAAUUCCUGUCCUCGAUGAGCCAGAAUUGCGCGGGAGGUGGGAACCAGACAACCGUGGAAAAGGCCAUCAUGGAAAGCAGCCCGAUCCUGGAAGCUUUCGGAAACGCCAAGACAGUUUAUAAUAACAACUCCAGCCGCUUCGGGAAGUUCAUCCAGCUUCACUUCUCACCGCAAGGACACAUCCAGGGUGGUCGCGUGGUGGACUAUCUGUUGGAAAAGACCCGAGUGACGCGGCAAAGCCCCGGAGAGCGGAACUAUCACAUAUUCUACGCUCUGCUCGCCGGUGCCGAUGAGGAGGAACGAGAAGCUCUCUGCCUCUCGGAUACUCACUCUUAUCAGUAUCUCUGCAACUCUGGGUGUGUGACGGUAGAAGGCCUUAACGAUAAAGAAAUGUACGAGAAAGUUGUGACCGCCAUGCAAGUGAUGGAUUUCACCGAUGAAGAUAUCAGGGAGGUGUGGAAGCUGUUGUCUGGGACUCUACAGCUGGGGAAUCUGGAGUUCAUGACGGCCGGGGGAGCCCAGAUUACAACCAAAGCUG